AAACCACGCGAGGUAUGCUCCAUCUGUGGCAAACAAUUUGCAUCGCAGGCAGCCAGGCAGCGACAUUCGCUGCUACACGUUGAAGCCCGUCCAUACCGAUGCGAUUCUUGUGGUAUCGGUUUCAAAUUGAAAGUUCACCUAAAGAAACAUAACCUAUACAAACAUACCGACGAAUAUCCGUGCGAAUGUCGAGUUUGCGGGAAACGGUUCAAAGAUUCGUCUGCCGUUAGAUUGCACGAAAGAAUUCAUUCUAGUGAACGACCAUUUCAGUGUCAGUGUGGAAAGAGUUUCAAGACGAGGGAGAACCUGUGGGGACACCGU